CACUCCCACUUCUCCUUCCUCCAUCAUCAGCAACAACAACAAACUUCCCGCUGCAACUGAGCACCUUCAGUGGUCUCUCAGUAGGUCACUGCUCUGUGUUGGGUGCUGUUGCGUUAAUUUUAUAUCUUUCAGUUUAAGGUUUCAAUACCCUGCUUUGAGUCCAAAGAUAUGUCUGCUACUCUAAGCAAGAGCCUAGGCUUGUCCUCUGUUCUGAAGAUGGAGGAAGAGACUAUAGUUACCAAGAAACAGGGGAUAGUCUCCAUUCUUGGGUCCGACGGUGAGAAGCCUACCACAAAAGCUGCUUCUCUUAGGAGGACUCUGUCAGCUGACAUGUCUUCCAAGAAAUGGUUAGCUCAAAAUGGCUUCUCUCCCAUGAAAAAGAUUGCAUCUUCUGGGGAAUUCUCACUCGCCAUCACAGACUCGUCCUCUGAGGAAGAAGACGAGUGUGAAGAGAGGAAAAAGCCUUGCAACAUCUGGGCCUCAAUUCAAGAGGAGACGAGCAAGAAGGAGAAUGAAAAGCUUGCGCCCUUUGAUACAUGGAGCGCAAUUAUCUCGCAGAAAGCGCAGGAAGACACUUCCUCCAAGUCACUUCCUCCCCCUUAUAUUCACCCUCUCGUCAAAAGAUCAUCUAGUUCUCUGAGCGGGAAAAGCCUCGAGAUUUGCACUGAGAGUCUUGGAUCCGAGACGGGUUCGGACGGGUUCUCUUCAUGUCCGACGUCGGAGAACAGUGACGUGGAGGAGGAGGAGGAGGAGGAGGAGGAGGAGGAGCAAGAGGAGGAGGAGCAAGAACUGCAGCAGGGGAAGCAAGACAGAGUUCUGUUCAAUUAUGAAGAGCCAAGAGUUGUGAAGGACAACUACGCCGCCGUGGGGGAGGAGGAGGAGGAGGAGCAAGAGGAGGAGGAGCAAGAACUGCAGCAGGGGAAGCAAGACAGAGUUCUGUUCAAUUAUGAAGAGCCAAGAGUUGUGAAGGACAACUACGCCGCCGUGGGGAAGAAAUCACUUGUGCGAUCUUUCCCCCCACCAAUCUCUUCUCUUUCUCGAAACGAUGGAGCCUCUGUUCGCAUGACGAGCCGUCGUACUAAUGGUAGAUUGGUUCUGGAAGCCGUCUCUGUUCCUUCAAAGAACAACUUCCACGCCCAACGCCAAGACGGCCGCCUUGUACUCACCUUCGCCAACACCACUCUCACAGAACCAGAUCCCGAGGAUGAAGAAGCAAAUGAAUUGGAUGAGCUUUUCGAGGAAUUUGACAACUUCGGAGAGGAAAUGGACACUGAAGAAGACGAUGAAGAAGAAGGGGAAGAUGAAAUAUUUGUGAUGGAGCAGGCACUGAAACUCUCAAGCAGAGCCACAAAUGUCCAUAGGUUAGCCCUAAUGAUGAACAACCCCACUGGUUUAGUGAAUAGAAACCCAACAUGGCCCAGCAAGUUCAAUGAAAUAGUCGAGUUUGGAGAGGAGGAGAAGAUUGACCCAACCCCAACUCAGGCACAGUCACUGCCGCCACGGCCGCCGGUGGCUCGAAUGAUCCCAUCACCAAAAUCAAAGGUAGGUGGGGCGGCGGCAUCUCUCAAUGCUUAUGAAUACUUCUGGAGGUCCAAGCCCAUGUCCAAGGCAUCAGUUCUUAACCCAAAUCCCCAACAUCCAACACCACUCAAAGGUCCCAAAAAUGCGAUCUCACAAGAUCAGCAAUUGAGGGAGAAGAAUGGUGAUUACUUGGUUCCUUUGUUAAAGGGUUGCAAAGAGUCCAGGAGGUCUCUUCUGUCCUGGGAACCCCAUUGUAUUGCUACUUCUUGAUUUCAAAAGUAGCCUCACAUACCCUUAUUAUCAUAAUCCAUAUGUUUGACUCAUGAUUAUUAAUAGUUGGAUGUGUGCAUUUCAGAUUAUAAAAUAUAUUUUUUUAA